AUGAAGCUGCUCUUUGUCACCUCUGUAUUGCUGAGUGUUCUCCUCGCCGACUUUGCAUCCGCUCAGCUUUGGGAGAAACCGCAUAAGCACGCAAGCACAACUAAACACCAGCAUCAAGACUGCAAGUGUCUACAUGGAGGAAGGUGCAUCUCCUAUCACCUCUUUUCUCGCGUCAAGCGCUGCUUGUGUCCCCAAGGAUACAGCGGGAAUCACUGCGAAAUAGAUGCCGAAAGUCAGUGUUAUACAGACAACGGGGAGGACUACCGAGGCACCAAGUCGGUGAACGAGCAGAACGAAAGGUGCCUGCCAUGGGACUCCUCUGUGCUGAAGAGGUGGCCGUACAAUGACGAAAUAGACAACGCCAUGGUGCUCGGACUGGGCAAGCACAAUUAUUGCAGAAAUCCAGAUGGCCGGUCUAAACCGUGGUGUUACGUUAGGAGGGGCUACCGAACCUUUUCGACCUUCUGCGACAUACCAGAGUGUCACAAACAAGCCACGUGUGGCCAGAGGAGUUUCAGCAAGUACUUUAAGAUUGUGGGUGGGAGCAAGGCAGAGAUUGAGUCUCAGCCCUGGAUCGCGACCAUCUUCCAGUACAUGAAGAGAGGCGCCGUGAACAUGUUUUUGUGCGGCGCGACCCUCAUAGACCCUUGCUGGGUUGCCACAGCAGCUCACUGUUUCAAAGGAAAGAGUCUUGAUCCAACCCAGUUCACGGUUGUUCUUGGAAAGACCUCGCUGAUUACCGAUGAAGCGAAUGAGCAACGAUUUAAUGUCGAAAGGGUUGUCCUUCAUGAGGAGUUUUCAGAAGAAUCUCGGAAUUUUGACAAUGACAUUGCUCUCCUCAAGAUCAGAUCGUCUUCAGGGCAGUGUGCAGAACAGUCGAACCGCGUCACAGCUGUCUGUCUGCCCCCUGAAAACUUAAUACUGAACGACAAUUUCCGGUGCGAAGUUUCUGGCUAUGGGAAAGGCAAUAGCAGUGACAUUUUAUAUGCAAGGAUUCUGAAAUCGACCAACGUGAAUCUGAUAUCCCAGUCCUUGUGCCAGGAGGAAUACUAUCCUGAUCGCGAUCUGAAUGGCAACAUGUUCUGCGCUGGAGAUCCGCGCUGGAAGACUGAUGCAUGCCAAGGUGAUUCUGGGGGUCCUCUGGUGUGCGAGUCCAACGGCAGGAUGGUGCUGUAUGGCAUUGUCAGCUGGGGGGAUGGCUGCGCUAAGGAAAGGAAGCCGGGGGUCUACACCCGAGUCACCAGAUACCUCCCUUGGAUCGAAUCCCACGUGAACGGAGUGCACUACAAAAGCUACUACCCUCCUAAGUGA